AUGACGACACGGCAAGACAGCUUCGAUGAUGCGGAUAUGAAAGGGAGUGUGCGGAGCCCGACGUUCGAAGGGCGGGUGGAAGAGACGGUAUUCAAGCCGGAGCUGAAGGAGGCCAUCGACAACUCGAAGUUGGACCCGUGGAGUCGGCGCGCGGUGGCACUGUACUUCAUCUGUAUGGUCGGCUUCAUGAACGCAGUUUCUUCUGGCUUUGAUGGCUCUCUUAUGGGCGGAAUCAACGCGAUGGACCAGUAUCUGAACUACUUCCACUACACGUCCACGGGCUCAGCAACGGGCAUUAUCUUUCUCAUCUACGUCGUCGGUCAAUUCGCGGGGGCGUUCUUUGCAGGGCCCGCCGCAGACCGCUUUGGGCGGCGCGGGGGCAUGGCCGUCGGCUGCACGAUCAUCCUCAUCGGCGCAUCCGUGGUCACCGCUGCACAGAACCCGGGGAUGUUCCUGGGAGGACGGUUCGUGUUGGGCUUCGGCAUCGCGAUUUCGACGACCGCCGCGCCGAUGUGGGUCACAGAACUCGCGCCUGCGCACUGGCGCGGUCGGUUGGGCGCGGCAUACAACAGCUGCUACUUUGUCGGCGCGAUUCCCGCGACGGGCAUCAUGGUCGGCUCGGUGAACUUCAACAGCACCUGGGCGUGGCGACUUCCCCUCCUCCUUCAGGUCAUUCCUCCAACUAUUGUACUAUCAUGCCUCUGGUUCUGCCCCGAGUCUCCGCGCUGGCUCGUCUCGCGCGGGCACAUCGAGGAGGCGCGCGCGGUCAUGAUGGCCUAUCACUCGGUGGACGGCAAGUCCACGAACCCGCUCAUCGAGUUCCAGUUGCGCGAGUUCCAAGAGAUGAUCCAAGUGCGCAAGAUGGAGCCCGUGUGGGACUACUCGGCGCUCUGGCGGAGCGCCAAUGCGCGCUGGCGCGUCGUCUCCCUCGCGCUCAUGUGCUGGAACGGGCAGCUCGCGGGAAACGGGCUCAUCACCUAUUUCCUCCCUGUCAUCCUCAAGAACGCAGGGGUCACGUCCUCACACACCCAGCUGCUGUACAACUUCGCGAACAACCUCCUCUCCUGCGCCGGGGCCUUCACUGGCGCUGCGCUCACGGACCGCAUGCCGCGCCGUGCGCGCCUCUACAUCGGCUCUAUCCUCCUUGCCGCGCUCCUCGCGACCGUCGCCGCGCUGAGCGGCGCGUACGGAAAGGCAGGCAACACGAACGUGGACGGCGCGCACGCGACGAUCGCGAUGAUCUUCCUCUUCGGCAUCACGUACAGCUUCGUCUACACGCCGCUGCAGGCGCUCUACUGUGCCGAGGUCCUCGACCAGGAGAUGCGCGCCAAGGGCAUGGCCGUGCACGUCAUCAUCGCGAACUCGGCCGGGUUCAUCAACACGUUCGCGAACUCGGUCGGGCUCCAGCGGUGGGGAUACAAGUACUACUUCGUCUUCGUCGUCUGGGACGUGAUCGCGGGCGUGCUCUGGUUCCUGUUCGGCGCGGAGACGCGCGGGCGGACGCUCGAGGAGCUCGACGAGGUGUUCAACCAGCCGUGGCCCGCGUUCGCGGGCGCGCGCAAGGUCAAGGUCGUCGUCAAGGAAUCGGGCGACCGCGAGGUUGUCGAGGUGAUUGACGACGCAAAGGUGUGA